GACCCCGCAAGAUGGCGGCGGUUGGAGUGGGCCGUCUGCGGCGGGCGGCGUCUGCCCUGUUGCUCCAAAGCCCACGCCUACCUGCCCGAGAGCUGUCAGCCCCGGCUCGGCUCUAUCACAAGAAAGUUGUUGAUCAUUAUGAAAAUCCCAGAAAUGUGGGAUCCCUCGACAAGACAUCUAAAAAUGUUGGAACUGGAUUGGUGGGGGCUCCGGCUUGUGGUGAUGUAAUGAAAUUGCAGAUCCAAGUGGAUGACAAGGGGAAGAUUGUGGACGCCCGGUUUAAAACAUUUGGCUGUGGUUCUGCGAUCGCAUCCAGCUCGUUAGCCACUGAGUGGGUGAAAGGGAAAACGGUUGAAGAAGCCUUGACCAUCAAAAACACAGACAUCGCCAAGGAGCUCUGCCUGCCCCCCGUGAAGCUGCACUGUUCCAUGCUGGCUGAGGACGCCAUCAAGGCCGCGCUGGCCGAUUACAAACUGAAACAAGAGCCCAAGAAAGGUGAGGCAGAGAAAAAAUGAGC